AUGCAGUAUAAUCGUUUUGCUCUUAAUGAUUUGAGUCAUUAAAAGAACUUAAAUUUUUAGACUCCUAUAUCACAUCAUAAACUAUCAAACUCAGCGCAAUAGAAUAAAAAUUAGUAAUAGGGAAAUCAAUAUUUGCUUUAAAGUGGCAAUGAAAAAAGUUCUUCUAAGAAUUCUCUAAGCCAGUAACUAUAAAUUUUUUAACAACCAGCUCUUUAACAGAUUUCUCAACAAUAUACUUAACAACAAACGACUUAGUCUUAACCACAAAUAAAUAGUUCUCCUAAGAUAGAAACACCUUUUUUCACUACCAAUUUAAAAAAUACUGCUAAUACAAAUAUUUUUGCUUAGUCAUAACAAAAUUAAUCUCAAAUGAGAAAAGAAAAUAUUUUUUUGAGUUCACAAUAGCUUUAAUAGGAAGAACCUAUUUAAUAUAAAUUUGGAGGAUCAUAUUAAAUUUUUGAAUCUAUGAUAGGAGAUGGGAUAAAAGAGAUGGAACAGAUUUUUACAUAAAACGAUUUUGCAUUUAGUGAAGAUUAAAGAGCAGAGGCUUUUGCAGGAUGCAUAGAUAUUUAAAGAUUAUAAGAAGUUAUGGAAGAAGGAUAAACAAGUGAAUUAGAUAUAUAUGUUGAUAAUUAGUUUUAGAAUAAUCAUCUUCAAAUCCAUGUCCCUAACGACCUUUUUGAUGAAGAAAAUGCUAUCAAAAAAAGUUUAAGUGUAUUAAAUUAAGAAUACAUAAACUUAGAUAAGUUCUCAAUUUAAGAUGAAAACUGUGAUCUCGGUGAUGAUUUUUAUGAUUAAUAAUAUGAUGAAAACGAAGUAGAUACAAUAAAUUUUCAAAAAAAAAAGUCUUAUUGCUGA